AUGAGGGGCAUCAUAUAUUCAUCGUGGCAGUAUGCAAGGUGUAAAUUGUGGAUGAGAACGGGAACAUUGCCUGCAAGAUGGAUAUCGGACAAGUCUCGUUCACGAUCUUGGCACGGUGCGAAACGGCCCUUCAAGGGACCCAAGCCCAGGCCUGUGGCGCCGUUGGAGCUAACGCGCCCCCCUAUUGUGGUAACUGAGCCGAUGAUGGAUGAUAUAUUGCAAGAUGCUGUGCUAUCUUAUGCAAAAUCAAACGAAACUAUUCAGCAUUUUACUCGAUUCGGUAUACCCAUGGCAGCGCUGAACGCCAUUCAAGAGCAUUUUUCGUCGACACCUAUGCGUUCAAUUCGAAAUGCGUGGGGUUCCAUCUUGAAUUUAUGGGCACAAGAAUGUCAGAAAGGCUUUUGGGAUGCGUUCGCCUCACGAAAGGAGCUUGCGUCAGCCUAUACACGACAAGGUCAUGAGGCCCUGCAGCGAGCAUGUGCCCAGUCAUUUCUUCAGUGGCUAUUGUACCAUUUGAAUCAAUUGAGGCAACAGAAGCGAAUCUCUUCAAAGAGACUUAUCGAAGUGCAGGAGGCCUUCAUGCAAUUGGAAUUGAUCCGCUCCAUCACAGACCUGCGUGUGCCUGCCUUGGCAUUUGCUAAUGCACGCUCUCUUACACGGCAGAUUCAUCUACAUGUGGGCCCAACGAACUCCGGAAAGACGCAUGGUGCACUAGUUACACUUUCGCGUGCGCGCACAGGAAUGUAUGCCGGGCCACUUCGUUUGCUAGCGCAUGAAGUUUGGGAGCGAAUGAACCAAGGCACCAUUUCUCCAGGCAUUCCACCACGAGCGUGCAACUUGCGCACGGGUGAAGAAGUACGCACGGUGGAUGAAUAUGCUGGUCUCGUAUCGUGUACGGUGGAAAUGGCAGACGUGACUCGACCUUAUGAUGUGGCGGUCAUUGACGAGAUCCAAAUGAUUGCAGAUCCACAGCGUGGUUUUGCAUGGACCCAUGCUGUGCUAGGUCUACCGGCCAAAGAACUACAUUUGUGUGGUGAGGCAAGCACAGUCCCAUUGAUCCAGCACUUGGCCAAGUUGUGUGGGGACGAUUUGCACGUGCACAAUUAUGAGCGGUUGACGCCUUUGCAUGUGGCACCACACAGCUUAUAUGGAGACCUUGGAAAGGUACAGAGAGGAGACUGUAUUGUGGCUUUUAAGCGCAGUACGAUCUUUCGAUUGAAAGAGCAAAUCGAGGCAAGAACCGGCUUGCAGUGCGCCCUGGCAUACGGCGCACUGCCCCCUGAGACCAAGAGUGAGCAAGCCAAGCUGUUCAAUGCCGGUAAAUUGGAUGUAAUGGUAGCAAGUGAUGCUAUUGGCAUGGGUCUGAACUUGCGUAUAAAGCGUGUGAUCUUUGAUACCCUUAGUAAAUGGAAUGGAACCGAAACCGUGCCCUUGUCCUUGUCUCAGAUCAAGCAAAUUGCAGGACGCGCUGGCCGCUAUGGCACCUCUCGCGAUGCGAGUCCACAUGGUCUUGUUCUUACCCGGCACGAAGAUGAAAUGGACAUUUUGCGCGCUGCGCUAGCAGCUCCUGUUCGCUCAGUCACGCAUGCCUUGAUCCAGCCGAGCAAACAAAAGCUAGAAUCUCUUUCUUUCCUUCUACCCCGCUCGCGGCCAAAAGAAGCGGUGCGCAAUGUUUUGCAAGAAAACUCCAUGUCAUCCUUGCUUGAAGAGUUUCAUGCCAUGGCCGACCUCGAUGCUGGUAUCUUUGCCAUAUCGGACUUUGUAUCGCAACAGGCGAUCUCUGCUCUCAUUGAGCAUCGUGGAUGCGGUUUGCUCACUCAUGCCGAAAAGGAGACGUGGUCCAACACUCCUGUGAAUGUUCGAGACGAACGUGCGAUGGCCUGGGUUGGCAAUGCGAUUGAAAAAUAUGCCCGGGGAGAACUAGUAGAAUUCGAGGCUUGUGCCAAAGACCUGGGUACCUUGGAGGUGGAAGAAGCCGUGACGCAGAUCGCAGCUGAUGCGGAAGCACGCCGCAAGGCGGCAAAGUCUACACAACCUUUGGCCAUGUGGGUACAGCAGGACGAGGCGAUACUCCAUGUGGAUACUCUCAUGUUGCUGGAAUCGCUGCAUCGCUCGCUGACCAUUUAUUUGUGGCUCGGCUUCCGAUUCCCCUUGUCGUUUUGCUUCCGGCAUCAUGUCGCUGAGCGAAAGCGGCGCACUGAGGCAUCGAUCGAAUUUUGCCUGGAAGUGAUUCGCAUAAGACGAGCUCAGCGACUUACGUAUCUUGGGCGCGAUGAAGAAGCCAAGAAGCUGCUACAAAAGCAUAUUGAAAAGAGACGCUAA